AUGGCGGGAGGGGAACGACUUAGUUGGAGAAAAAAAAUAUCGAAACGAUUAGAAGCAAGAGAUCGUCUGGAGUGGCACUGCUUUAAAGACGUCAUAAGGGAACGUAAGUCAAAGCUCAAGUGCUACUGUCCUCGUUAGAAUAUGAUAAACCAAGCAAAUUUAAGCUGACUGUCUGUUCGCACAAUUUUCGGUCAUGCUGAAGCUAUAUCAUUUAAACUUAAACAGAUUUGUUUCCGGAACUUUUCAUCAAAGAUUUAAGUUGAGGUUAACAGGAUUCAAAAAUGCUAUAUGCAUUAUAUGACUCAUUUGGAGUAAAGAGGGUGGAAUCUAGUCAUUUGAGACUUUCCUUGAACAGAUCGAAUACUUUUAAUAAAAAGCUUUUGCACUUGUCAAUGCAAGAAAGAUGAUAUCGUGCCAACUCUUGGUGAAAUCCGGUUCGAACUCCAAAAAUUUCCUGUUGCUGCAACAUUUUGGUCACUUUUACCGGAAAAUUAAGAUAGAAAAGAGCAGGUCAAGCCUUGGCUAAAAUUUAAAAGUGAAAGAUUCUGAUCGAAAAAUAUUAACGAAACUUGAAUGAUGGCACGGAGACUUCUUGGAAACCAAAACAAAAUUAUGUUAAGCUUAAUUACAACGCUGUCAAGAUUGAAAAUUUUGCUUAGUAUUUUAUAUAUGGGAGAAAUGGAAAAAUGGAUAAUUUUCAAAGAAAUAAUUAUAUCGUUGAAUUUAUUUCUUGUAUAUACAUUUUUUAUAGAAUCCCUUUAUGUUUUAAUAACAUAACUUACAGCAUGCAGGCUCUUCUUGUAUAGCUGGUUCAUGGAUGAUGACAAGCUAUUUCAUUGCAAAGCAUAUGAUACACAUUAACCUUGUAUUGUAAUGAAACAUGGCCUAACCAUUUUCAUUGUUGUUAGGAAAUUCUAUCGAAAAAUGCUGUGUAAAACAUUGUUAUUAUUCCAACUUAGCUGUUCCCUUUAAUCUCCUGGCCCCGGUUGUUCAAAAAUUGGAUAGCGCUAUCCACCGGAUAAAUCGCUAUCCAGCGGAUAAGUAGUACUAAGGCCAAUUGCGUUAUCCACAGGAUAGUGAUUUAUCCAGCGGAUAGCGCUAUCCACCUUUUGAACAACCGGGGCCUGGUUUAUUUUGUACAGUAAAGCAUAUUUCCUCAAAUAAUAGCCAGGGGUGAUUAUUAUUAAUUUUUUUGCACAAAAAGGGGGUGAUAUUUUGAGGGAGGCGAUUAUUUCAACUUUUGCUGACUGGAAGUCAUGCCCUAAAUAUUUUGUUUUGUUAUCCCAAUAAAUCAAAAAAUGAUCACAUCAAGUAAACUGAACAUUGAAUUUCUAAGUGUUCCAAAUUUCGUGCCUUGAUUAAUUUUCAGUGCAUCAGAGAUUGAAUCAUCACUGAUCAGUUUUGCUGGAUCAGAUUCCACUUCAACUUGACAAGGAGGGGAUAAAAGAAAGAAAAGAUGGCAAGUGGGGUGGGGUUGGGUAAUUAUUCAAGGGAGGCAAUCAUUUUCAAUAUUUCCUUCUAGGAGGGGGGUGGGGGAUUAUUUGAGGGAAGCGAUUAAUCAAGGGACAGCUAUUAUUCAAGGAAAUAAUUAUGGUACACAGAUUUAUGGUAUGCUUCCUCUAAAGAAAAGAAAGCGGAAAGAUUAGCCAACUUGACUGUGACAAUACCAACAGUGUUAAAAAACAAAAGAUUAAAUAAGGAAAUAUUUUGCCUCAUUCCGCACACCUUUUGUGAGGGUGGCCGUUAGUAGAGCUGUGACUGCUUACAAGAUUGUCCUUGACAAGAGCUUCCACUGUAGCAAGUAAGAAUCAUCGUUUUGAUUUAAUGCAUUUAUUUAUUCAACAGACAACAAACUGUUUGAAAGUGCGGAUACUUCUAAAUCAAGAUUAGUUCAACUGGAAAUACAAGUUGUUCAGCUUCAACAGGUGAGCAUGCUGUUCCUUGUUCAAAACAUGAAAUAUAUAUCCUACAUUUAAUAAAAUUGUUGUAGACCUUUCCCUGUUCAGUGAGUGCAAUGAAAUUAGGUCAAGGCUUGCAUGGACAAAAAUAAUUAAAUAAAUAAAUUAUAAUUAAUAAUAAUAAUUAAAUAAUUGUUAUAAAUAAAUAAUAUUUAUGCAAAAAGAAUCUUUCAAAAAACUCUUUCCAGUGAAUAUGUAGUUUUCCAUCUCAAUGUUGACUCUAAAACCUUUUUUUUAUGUUAUCUGAAGCUUUCUCUCAAUAUCAAGAUGAAAAUUCUUUGAAACGUAAAGGAUAGGAACAUGGAAAUUGAAACAUACUGCCGAGGGCAUACUCAUGGCUUUUGUCAGCCCUUACCCAUAGACUGAUGGUAAAAGGGUGACUGACCAAUCACCGCCUGUGAUUCACCUUUUUUUAUAUAACAUAAUCAUUAUUGUGCCACAGUUAUUGGUCAUGAGACCUGCAGUGGGCAGGAACAAGAAAUCCAACAUUGAUGUGGGGGUGGGCCAGUAGGGGCUCUGUUUGUUAUGGUAUGUUGUAAAAAACACCCAUUUGUAUGGAAAUGUCUUAACAAUUUUGUUUGCUGAUUAUGGAAUUUUUCCAACAUACUGAAAAAUUUUGACCCUAAUGGAUCAUUCAUCUGUUUAAAAUUUGCUGCACUUUUUCAAAAACACUUGAACUCUGAGGUUCAAAAGCCAACUAACAUUUGCAUCCUUUGCUGCCGUCAAUCAUUUUAGCGGACCUCUUAGGAAACAGACGUUUACUUCAACAAGUUCGAAAGGUCAUAGAUUGUGAAUUGUGAUUGUUGGAUUUCGAUUCAUUUUGUGUGUUUCUGUGUUUCAAGAUUAUGGUUGACAUCAGCAAAAAUGCAAGCUGGCUGUUUAAAGUUCAGAAUUUGCAUGUUAUUAAAAAGCUUUGUUUACUCUGUAGGAAAAACUUGAGCUUCAGGGACGUGUUCAAGAAUUAAGGUACUACCCGAUAAAAUAAUGAAUAAAUACAAGUAAGCUACUAAGAUCAUUUUAUAUGAUCACCAAUCAAUCUGGUCAAUGUGUUGCAAUAUUAUUAAUCGUAAAAUAAUUGUCACUUCACUUUCCUGUGUUCCUUUCUUAUGCUUUUAAUUUACACUCAAUUCUUUUGUCCUUUUUUUAGUUUAACAGGGGGUGGUGCCGGGGGUGGGGCUGGAUCAGAAAAAAUAGCCUCUGUUGCUUUUAAUUUACACUCAAUUCUUUUGUCCUAUUUUUAGUUUAACAGGGGGUGGUGCCGGGGGUGGAGCUGGAUCAGAAAAAAUAGCUCUGUUGGAACAGAAGCUCUUCAAGUUACAAGAGGAAGUGACUGAGCUUCAUAGACAAAGAGGAGAGGUAUGGUAUGGCAGUGUUCGCACUAUCUGCGUAGGCACAGUACCUAAGUCCAUGAUGGAGUACAGUACUCUAUGGGCAUCAAUGUGAGCACAUCCUUUUUUCAAGUGCCAAUGCUAGAAUUCAGGCAAGGUCACAAGCACAAAAGUGGGCACUGGGUCUUUGUGUGGACUUGGUUUUGGUAGCUCUGGGGCGGUCCAUUGCUUUAUACUUGCUCGAAGCUUAUGUUUCAAAAUGGCGUUUAACAGGGUGAAACAGAGUAACUACAGAGUUACUCACAUCAGUUACUCAAGGUGUGAACAGAAGGGUGAUUAUUUUGUGCUGGUAUCCAGGACAGAUAUGGUAUAGAAGUUCAUCCAAUCUAUGAUCGCUACACACUGGGACAACCUUGAUAAUGAUUUGAUAAUUUGUUUCUAGGUAUGAUAAUGUAUACUAUAAACAAGGAGAAAUAACAAUUAUUUAAACAAAGGAUAAAAAUGAACCACAACUUAUUAACCUACAAGUAUCUCUAACUGCUUGCCAAAAGACAUAUAUGUACUUGCACAGGUAAUAUUAUGUAUUGGCAGUUAGUUCAAGCCCUGGUAUUUACUUUGUCAUGUUAAUAUUGUUUUUAUUUUGAUUUAGAAUGCACAAAAGUUGUUGGACGUCAACAACGCUUUACGACAAAAGGAACAAGAACUUCAAACCAAGGAAGGGCAGUAAGUGUACUUUAUGUUUUGACACAAACAAGUGUGUCUGGUUACUGGAUGACUGAUUGUCUCCUUCAUCCUUUUUUGUUGUUUGAAUUGAAGAGGAUGUAGAAGAACCCACGUCACUCUUCAAAAAGAGAAUGGGGCAUUUCCCCAGUUGUGUAGUCUCCCUUGCACACAUUAUUCAAAUCAUGGACUGUGUGGGUUAAAGCCCAGGGCGGUACUCCCUAUAUAACAACCUUUACGGGGAGGCUUCGCCCCAAAGGGGUACUUUUUUCAAGCUAUAGGUACAUGUAUAUGAAAGGGUAGGAAUUUCACUAGUUGAAGUAUUUCAUUGAAACGGUAGGGAAAUCUGUCAUUUCGGUCUGUAAAAAGGCCCAAAAGGGCUUAUAGAUGCAUUUUAUGGCUGCAAAAAAGUUGAGAAAACAUUCUGGUUUUGUGGUUUAUUCAUAUUUUAAAAAAAUGCAUUAAAUUAUUUUAUAGUAGUGAAAAGGGAUUCAAAGUUCUAACCUAGCUAGAUAUGUGAAAGGGGUACCUACCAUUUUGAAAGGGAUACCUUUUCUGUCAGCAUUGGUAUAUAAAAGAGUAAGCUAUUAAGGUGUGGGACCUCAAAGGUAGAGCCUCCCUGUGUAAAACUUUUUUGAGUACCCCUUCCCCCGGGGUUAUGGUAAGCUCAUGAAUGGACUGAUAGUGGCUGCCAUUGGCACCUUUGUAUGCUAACGUCCAAGCUUACUGUUAACGUGAAGAUAGUAUAAUUUCAAGAGGAUAUGUCUGCUGUCCUGUCGUCCACAAAAUUAUUUCAUUCAUUCAUUCAUUCUUGUUGCUCGCUUUGUACUGUAGUCUUUUUUUUACAAAACAGCUGUUUGUUUGUGUGAGUUCUUUAAAAGCCAUUUCAACACAACACAACAUGGUAUUGAGCAAUGCUAAGUUACUGCUGUAGUUUUUAUUGAAGUUAUGAAAUAUGUGAAAAUCGUAUAUGUGACCCCGCAGCUCACAUAUACAGCUAUUUCAAGAAAGGUUGUUGUAAAAAAAGUGCACUCGACAAUCCCGAAAGGUAAUAUGGGAUAUGAUCAACACUGUUCCUGAUGACUGUAGCUGUUGAACCUACUUUUGUUGCUUUCCUCUAACACUCGCAAACACAUUUCCAUGGCCUUUCCUGCCAAUUCUUUCAAAUUUCUGUGAAAAAAAGAGAACUCAAAACCACCCACAAUGCCUUUCAGGAUUGUCACGUGCACUUUUCCCGACAGCGUUUCUCGGAAUAGCUGUAUAUGAUUUUCAUAUGUUCAUAACUUCAUCAUCAUCCUUUUACGGGUUUAUAAUGAACCAAUUCAACGACCUGCUCCCAGUUGGCUUGUUAGCUCAGUUGGUAAGAGUGCCGCACCGGCAUUGCAGCGGUCAAGGGGUUGAAUCCCGUACAAGCGUGAUUUUUUUUUUUCAGGCUUUCUUUUCACAACUGCAAAAGUUGCGUCUAUAACUGCCAUUAUCUACUUUCAUAUAAUUAGAUUUUAUCAAUGAAUUGAUGAUAUUAGUAUUUAAUCUGAUUGUUAUUCUGUGUAUAGAUUUGAAGAUUUAACCAUCAAUAAACAGGACUUGGAUAAAGAAUGUACACGUCUACAGCAAACCAUUAUUGAAUUAGAUGCUACAUGUCAGGUACUGUAAAUCAGGAUUGCUAGUAAGAGGGCUCGUGAUAACAGGGGGGCUCAUGUGCUCCUACUCCACCUCGCAGCAAGCUGAGCCGUUUCCCUAGAUCUGCUCCUGUUGCUCAUGAUGAUCUGUAUAUGGAUCUUCUCAUUAAUGUGCUUUUUGUCAUCAUUUGAUUCUUACCGGUUGAAGUCAAGCUAAUAGAGAGCUUUAGACUCUGUGAGGGGGACGACUAUGAGUACGAGAUUUUCUCAAUACUAAGUAGUGGUCUUGGGUGAGCCAAUGUCAUUUUGCCAGAAAAGGUGAUAGCCAUCAUCAUUCUACUAAGAAAUUUAGCAAGAAUGUCAUAGUGGCGGGAACAAGUUAUCAAAUUUUAGAAGUUUAAUCAUUUUGCGACCGGGAAAGGGCUAAACCUUCUCCAAUAUGAUAAAAAUAACCACACUAAUUUUUGAGGUGGGAAAUGCUACAAUGAAGCUUUCCAGGUUGAUUACUUGUAUGUUUCAAGAAUACGUGAGAAAACUUUACGUUAAAUCUUGUACCCAUAAUCAUCCUUCUUGUCCUUGACUCUUAAGGCUUAUCCCGUCCUCUAUCUGUGUUACAACACUUGAAAUCCGGGUCUAUGGCCAUAUUUAAGAAUAACUUUGAGUGUCCGUGCAAUGUUCAUGCUGCAGAGCAGCACAGCCUUCUGCAUCCUCUUCAGAAUAUCUCUUAAUCGCACACCAAAGAUCUUACUCAUCUCGACAUCUGCCUCCUUGGACCCCCCCCCCCCCCCCCCCAAAAAAAAACAGUGGUUGGUACUUUUCUGUCUUCUCAAAAUCCUUCUUUGCACGAUUGUCCAAGCUGUGUGGACAGCUUAUUUCCACAGCCAACACCCUUAUUAUUAUUACUAGUAUUAUUAUCAUUAAUUAAUUAAUUAAUUAAUUUAAUUAAAGUCAUCUUGUGAACAAUGUACCAUGAUCAUGAUUAUCUCUUUUUAGUUGGUAAAAGAUGAACUUCAAGCUCUUCAACUGGCGUAUUCAGCAUUAGAGGAAAAAAAUAGAAAAACAAUUGAGGAAAAUCAAGAACUGGUUAGUAUGCAAGACACUAACCUCUUUUAGACAUGUUCAACUCGGAAAAUGGUGUAGUACCAGUUGCUGAAUUUAUUUUAUGGCAAAUUUUCACCCCAUUCUUAUCUCCAUUGUCUAAAAAAUUAACAACCAGCUGUGUUUCCCACUGGCUUAGCUCAUCUACCAAGUAGUUUCCUUAAAACUUUAUUCACUAAAAGUAUUCAAUUUGAAAAAAAAACUGUUACCUGAUCCAUGCAUGGUACAGCACUGUAAUUAAAUUUUAGUACUUUUACAGUCAAACCUUGUUUUACGGACACCCACUUAAUAUGGGGACCGCAUUAUUACAGACAGUUUGCUUUGUCUCCAGGCAGAGAAAGCCCUUUAAUGCAUUAACUCUAAAUUCACCUUGUUUAAUAUGGACACCCUGUUAAUACAGACACGGUCCAUGGCCUCUCAGUGUCCUUACAAACAGAGCUUGACUGUAGUACUAUUAUUUAUUUUAAGUAUUUCACAUCAUUGCAUGCAGUUUUUAUACUUUGUUGAAGUCUUGAAAUUAGUGAAUACAGUUGAAACUCUUGUAAUGGGCACCUUUACAAGAUGGACAACUUGGAAAAGGUUGACUUUGAUCGCCCGGGUGAACGUAGUCCUGAAUAGGACUGUUGUUGACAGUGACUGACGUUUCGACAACCUGUGCGGUAGUCAUCUUCAGAGUCAAAGUGAGUUGUAUCACGUCAGUUGAUGGUAUUAUACUUGGGUUAUUGAUCUGAUUGGUCAAUUAUGUCGCGUUGUUAUUGGUCAUCUGUCAGUUAAGCCGUGAUGUUAUUGGCUAUGAAGACUCGUAAUCAGUGAUUGGUGCGUUUCGAUCCAUCUAUUGUCGCAGUUAAACAGUCGUCUAUUGUUAGUCAAAUUGUUAGUUCUCCAGUUGUUGUUGUCCAGUUGUUAGUUCUCCAGUUCUCCAAUUCUUCCAGUUGAUGGACAAUAAUCUUAGUGCCCAUCAUAAAGGUAUCCAUCUUAAAGGGAGUUGACUGUAUUUAAAUUCAUUCUCCUGUUUUUUUUUUUUCCUUCAUAGAUAACAAGAUGGAUGGCUGAAAAGGCUAAAGCUGCAAAUGAAAUAAAUGCUCAAAAUGAAAUGCAGUUAAGGUGAUUGUAAUUUUUUUUAAGAUUAUCAUGCAAUGCUCAUCAACUACAUAUUUGUAGGUAGAAUGAUAUAGGUAGAAUGAUCUGGAGAUGAAAUCAAGGUUUCAUUAAAAUUUGAAGAAGACAGUGUGUCUAAGUACAUGUUGAGUACUGAACCCUUUUUAGUUGCAACAAUGUUUUAAAGAAUCUUUCAUCAAUUCUUUAAACCCCAUUUACACACACUAAACAAAUCGGCACAGCGCGCCAAAUUUUUGGCACUGUGCCUCGUUUACCUGUGCUGAGACUACCUCCGGGAGGUAGUCUCGGCACCCCUAAAAUAUUGAGCACUGGUGCCACAUUACAUGUGGGACCGAUACGUUUACAUGUCGAAAAAUUGGGAGUGCCGUGCGUUAAAAUCGUCAGCACGGUGCCAAAAAUUUGGCGUGCAGUGCCGAUUUUUUUAGCCCGUGUAAAUGGGGUUUUAGUUACCUCAAUUCAGAGGGGAAAUUAUAUUGUUUGCUUAUCAGUGGAAAGCACCCUGAAUGAAGAGAAUGAUCGAUCCUUAUAGCUGUUAUAUACCUGCUAAGAUUUUCUGAGUCAGAUGCGUGUACAUGUAUUUUCAUCUUGCCAUGAAUGGUAUUUCAAAAAAUGUUCCAAAAAGAUUUCUGCUAUUUGCCGAAAAUGUCUGCAGAUGUUCUGACUACCUUUGAGCACUUCUGAAGCUAUUUAAAAAGCAACAGUUUUAGUGUGUUGUGAUACUGUUAAGACACAAAGUCAACAUUUAGCACCUUUCUGGAAUAUUUUGGGGGAAAUUGAAUUGAAUUUUUGUUAUUACAUGUAAUCAUGGGUUAAAGAACAAUUCAUCCAGAUUUGUGAGUAAGGCAUGAGAAAUUGUCUUACAUCCUCAGGAGUAAGACUUGCGCAUAUAAUGUGUAAGAGUUGGCAGGUGUAUAGUUAUGAUUUGCAAUUUGUGCAUUUAGGACCCAAAUCUGCCACCACUGCCAUGGAUUGAUGGUAUAUGAGCUUGCUUUAGCAGCGAGACUCUAAAAAUGCAAGUUACAUGUAGCGUUCCUUUUUUUCGUGUGUGCACCAAAAGGUGGGUCAUGGUCCCAGACAUAAUUUCCUAGUGGAGACCGUUGAGACUGGUUGGGUGUUGUAAACUCUCAUUGUAUGCAAAUGAGUCUUGUGAUGGGCAUGCCAUUUUUGUUUUCAGCAAUGAUUGAAAUGAUGCGCUAUCUUCAUCACAUUUUUGCCUCUUGGCAAUGAUGUAAUUUCUCUCGAAUCGAGGCCUUUGAUUUUCGUUUAUUUAUUUACACAUACUCAAUCAAUUCGGAAGCAAUAGUCGAAUACGACAUAAAAAGCAAAUACCUUGAAGAAUACUCGACCAUCGAUAAAGUAGGAAGGUUAAUUAAUAGUGAAAAAAUUUUAGCAAGGAAAUCCUGUUUCGUGUAGAAUUAAUCGCCUGCUCAUUUCUUAUCAGCUAAUCUCCAAGCAAGCUCAACUUAAUGCUUUUAAGAGUGUUCUUGUUUAGUUUUAAAGCAAAGUUAAGAGAUCCAAUACACUCAAAGUUUAAGUGUUUUAUGUGUAAAAUUGUACAGUCAUGUUGUUUAUGUUUCCUUUAGAAUAAGACAACAAAAGCUUCAAAAAGACCUUUUAGAGGCAUCAAAAGAGCCCGUGAAAGAGCCCAUAUAGUAAGUAUUCAUUACACUAUUUUACAAAUAUCCAAAUUGUUGUCAGGUGAUAUGGUGAAACUGUUUCAGUCAUGGGCAGAUUUAGAGGCGGGGUUAGGGGUGGUUAUCAUUAGAUCCCAUCCACUGUAGCCCCUUUGGACACCUCAUGAAAUUUACACAACACAGUUUUCCUUGUUAUGUGUUAGGGUUAAGCACUGUUUCGAAACUGGUUAGGUUUUUUUUUGGGGGGGGGGUGGGGUUGAUGCUCUAUUUACUUAAAUUAUUCCAUCUCCAUCCAUCAAAUCCGCAGUGGUCUGGAGCUGGUGGUUAGCGUGAUAUACCAGGUUUUCUGGGUUGUUGGUUCAAAACCCAACGGCUUGUCAGGUCAAUUUUUUUUUCUUUCAAAUUGAAGAGACUUUCAUGAACAUUUCGAGCUUGGAAUAUCAUCUAAGUGUGAUAUAAAAGCAGAGAACAGUUCUACCUUGUGUAAAUUUCAUAAGGGGUGAUCUAGAAAGGGGCUACGGCCAAUGUGAUCUAAUGCUGACCGUUAGAGGUUCACCCAACCCGCUACCCUUUUGUCUGAUAUUGUGUUUAUGUCUUUCGCAUCCUUAAGAUUUGGACACAGAUGCUGUGGUUCUCUCUCUCUAAAUGUUGUGGUUCUGCCCUUGUCAGCUCAUGAUAUUCUCUGUGUACCUCAGUCCAGGGACAGCACAGGGGAGGAACCAGGGGGCCUCAUCCCCACCCCUCCCCACCCUUUUAUUUUAAUUGACACAGUAGAAGUGUAUUGUUACAUGUAGGUCUGUUCACACUGAAAGUGAUUUUUCUGUGCAAUUUGUUCCCUGACUUUUUGCACAUCUUAACUAGCUGUGAGUUAUCCAAAAUUAUCUGCACAAGAGAAGAAACUGAUUCCCUCUAUCAGCUGAAAAGGAGGAAAAAAGGGGUCAAAAGGAGAGCUGGCACUAGCUUUGUUUUUUUCAUGGUUUUUGUUCCCCAAAAUAAAGAUCCCCAGAAAGUAGCAAUUCCCUAAGGCUGCUAAUUUCAAAAUUAACAAGUCAAAAGAGUAAUUUCUAUCAGAACUCAAUGGUAUGUUGGGUUGGCUACGGCUAGUUUUCCUGUAUCACAGCAUCUGUAUCUUUCCCCACCUCCAUGUAUCUCAUUUUUAAAAGCAGAUUUCUUUUUCCCAUUUAGUAAUUUUGAGGGACCAGCUGCAGUACCGUUUUGUGCCAUUGUUUCUGUCCCGUCCUACCCUGAGAGAAAAUUUGUAAGUACUCUCUCUAAUAAUAGAGAACCCUAGAUUCAAGGAUUUCUUUUCUUUACAAGAAUGACUUUAAACUUAAAGGGCCGAAAUAUUUAAACGAAGUGUAACUUAAGCGGCAGUUUAACAAGUCUUUGAACCUCCAUAUCUCUUCUUUGGUGGGUUGUUUUAAGAAGAUAAAAUGCUUUCCUAGUCUUCUCUAUAUGCUUUCAUAAAACUGAACAAUAAAUGAUGUUUAGAUAAAAUCGUUGGGCAAAUUGAAAAUGACUUAGAAUGUGGUUUUGUUAAACACUGGCUAAACUAUGUUUAAAUAUUUGGCCCAAAGUGUUUUCGUGUGUUAUUCUAAAAAAUAUAUAUACACCCCAAAAGCUUCAUAAUUUAUGCCUUUUAACACCAGAAAAGUUAGCAUGGUUAUCGUUAUUGAAGGAGGUGGAAGAAGCCCUCUACCGAUUACAAAAUGAUAAAACGUCUAACAUUUGAUAACCUGUUUCCAUCACUACAACAUUCUUGCUAAAACUUAUCGUAGAAUGACGACUGCUUUAUGUUUUCCCACCAGUAUGACUAUGGUCAAUGCAUGCACACAACUUAGGCAUGAGAAAUCUUGUCGUCAUUGUAGUCGUCCUUGUCUCUUAUGUUGCAUGCUUUUUAACAAAUUUAAUUUUGUAUUGGAUAUUAUUGUGAUCAAAGUUCCAUACAUCGCUGGCUUGAUUAGUGUUUUAUCAUAUGGCUGGCUCUGUCAGCAACCAAGAUGAUCAGAGGCAACUCUUGUGUUCUGAUUCAGCCACCCAAAUACUAUUAAGGGCCAGGAUUGUUACCACAAGAAAAAAACUUUUCUUUCAGCAAUAUUGAUAUAACUAUAAUUAUCUGUUAACAGCAAGGCUUGUUCAAUCAAGAACAUGUUUUGUCUUUGUGUGUAAAAAUGUAGAAAAGAACUUGCCCGAUAUUCAGCGAUCUCAUUGGAGCAAGCUUUACAUGUAUUGAAAUUACAGUGUGCUAUACACAAACAUGUGACCUCCAAAGCAAAAAAAAUUUGACCAAUGGUUAAUUUCUCACUUCUGUCAAUCAAGUCAUUCAUAGCCAUUUUCACUUAAUUUAAAGUCAAGGUGAACUUGUAACCAUCAUUUACAUAGCAGUAUGGCCUUUAUAGUAACUGUUAUUUUUCUUCACAGUACGUACAAUCCAUUUUCAUAUCCACCUUCAGCAGUUUGAACAAAUCAUGAUAACAAAUCAUUUAAUUUCUAGGAUGCUCAUGAUGGGGAAGUAAAUGCAGCAAGAUUUAGCACAUCAGGACGAUUUUUUGCCACGGGUGGUGCUGACAGAAAAGUUAAGAUAUGGGAACAAGUAAAUGGUAUGAGCUGAGACUCCUGCAUUGUUCUAUAACUUGGAGUGACUGACUGGUGUGCUUGCAGAUUGUUUAAUUGAUCAAUUCAUAUGGAUUUUAUUAGUUGGAUAAGCGAUGAAUAAUUUGAAGGGGUGGCUAAUGAUUACUUGUUUGUGGCUCUCUUGUCUGACUUCCAACUGACCAAAUAAAAAUGACUCAUCGAAUAUUUCAUUAUCAGUUGACUGGUUAACUGACUAGUUCAGUUGGCUGGCUGGUUAGUGAGUCAGUUAAAUUCAUGGGUGGAUUGAUUGAUUGAUAAUCGUUUGACUGCUAUAAUAUUGGACCAACUGAAUAGACCUAUUCAGCUAACUCAAUGUUGUACCCAAUUCAAACCCUUUGGGAAUAAAACGUUUUGUUUCAGGAAUUUCCAUAUCACUGAAAUGUAAAUGCCACAUUAUAAUGCAAAUACAAUACACAAAGAAUCUCAACUGUAGGAGAUUUGAAUUGGGUACAACAUUGAGAAUAGCCAAAUAGGUCUAUAACUGAUAAGUUACAGUUCCAUUGAUUGAUUGAUUGAUUGACUGAUUGGUUGGUUGAUUGAUUGUUGGAUUGACUGAUUGAUUGAUUGAUUGAUUGAUUGAUUGGUUGGUUGAUUGAUUGACUGGUUGAUUGAUUGUUUGGUUGAUUGAUUCAUUGAUUUAAUGAUUGAUUGAUUGAUUGAAUUAUAGGAAAUUAUGUAUCAAAAUGUGUUAUUCAUGGGAGUAAUGCUGGAAUCAUGUCAGUACAGUUUGAUCCUCAGGUGAGAUUCUGUAGAAGAAAAUUAACCCGUUUAAGGUAUCAAUAUCUCUAGAAAUACACAUCUUGCAACCCCUUGCAAAACUUGGUGUGUGGCACAGAUUGUUAAUGAGAAAAACAGAUGUGAACGAAAUUUUUAAGUGCAUGCUAAUAAAUACCUUGUUGAAGAAUCUUUGAGGGUGAACAUCUCACCCAGAGUAAUCAUAGCUCUCGAACCCUUUGUUUCUCCUUAGGUUCCUAAAUUUUCUCAGUCCUCUUCCUAAAAAAGUCCAGAGUUCCCAUUGAAAAAAUCCCGUAAAAAAGACAAAAAAACAUCCACACAAGAUUUUUUUCUAUGGCGUAAGCGCUCGUCCCCUAAAUCCGGGGACUUUUAUUUGAAACUGUCAAUCUUCCCGCGCGUAACGUAAUUUCCGGUAAAAAUGCACUUCCGGUUCGCUCUUACAAACAAUUCUUUUAGAAAAAAGGCACAAGAAAUAAUCCUUAACAUUUUCCCCCUCCUGGAUUUACAUUUGACUGAAAAUCCAACACUUCAAUCGAUCUCUUUUACAAACAUAACGCAAAUUGUUCAAAUGUUCCAAUAACUGUUCAAAUGUUAAAGUUCAAAUGUUCAAAUGUCAAAUGUUAAAAUGUUCAAUCUGUCAGAUUUAGACUUAAAAUUCUCUGACUAAACAAAUCAUGAACUGUUCAACUGUUCCUACAAGUGUUCAUGAUGCAAAUCUUUACGACCAUAGCUAGUUAGUUCACUGUUCCGUCCGGUCACUUAGUAAUCUUCAAAUUCCAACGGUGAAAUUCUGGAAAUUGGUCUUCGUUUCACCCCUCCUUUGGUUCUAACGUCUACGACUCGUACUAGUCCAUCUUUACCAGGAUGCACUGCCUCUAUUCGUCCAAGCUUCCAAUCCCGUCUUGGUGCGUCUGGAUCGAUUACCAACACCACGUCCCCCACUGUUAGAUUCUUUGAAGGUUGGAACCACUUUUGCCGGGAUCCAAUACUUGGCAAAUACUCUCUCAUCCAACGACUCCAUACUCUACGAAUCAGUUCCUGUAUUCGUCUCCAUCGUCUACGCACACUGACUGCCGUCGUAUCGACUGUGUCUGGGGCUAACUCUCCACCCAUUUGGCCAAUUAAGAAAUGGUUUGGGGUUAGCACAGGCUCGUCAUUGACAUCUCCACUAACUGUAGUUAAAGGCCUCGAAUUUAACAAACUUUCGGCUCCAGUAAACACGGUUUGUAAUUCUUCAUCAUUGACAUCAGCUUCGUUCAAAAUUGCAUAAAUUGCCCUCUUGGCUGACUUGAUCAUUCUUUCGAAGACACCGCCAAAGUGUGGCGCUUCCGGUGGGUUAAACUGCCACUCAAUUCCUUGGUUGGAAGUAAGCCUUUGAAUUUUUUCUUGGUCCAUGCUAUCCACUAACUCCUUGAUUUCUCGUGCUGCUCCGACGUAAUUACUUCCAUUGUCACUGAGCAUCAACUUAGGCCACCCUCGUCUAGCCACCAUACGCGUCAGCGCAUUUAAGAAAGCAUCCGUCUCCAGGGAAGCAGCCAUUUCCAAAUGACAACAGUGUGUCUGUAAACACACAAAUAAGCAAAGGUAGCGCUUCACUCGUGGUCUACCUCGUCCUUGCAUCGUGUAGAAUGGUCCUGCAAAAUCUGUCGCACAAUUUGCAAAUGGUUUCUGAGUCAUCUCUAAUCGAAUUCUAGGUAAUGGUGCCAUUUGUUGUUGUGCUGGGCAGCCCCUGAAUCUUCGGUUACAUUCCGCACAUUCCUUGAUACAUUUCUUCACUUGUUGUCGUCCUUGAAUCACAAAGUAUUUCUCUCGUAAAUGGUUUAAUGUAAAGUUCACUCCCAUCUCGUGACCUUCCCUCUCAUGGUGAUACUUCACGAUUAACUUGGUAACGAUGUGAUUCUUUGGAAGGAUGAUUGGAAACUUCGUCUCUUCUGGCAAAUCAUCUGAAUAUCGCAGUCGCGUGUUUGAUCGAAGGAGUCCCCACAGAACUUUGGUGUAAUCUUUAGUAACGUACUCUUACUAGGGAGAGGCUUGUUGUUUUCAAGUGCUCUUAUCUCGUCAGGAAAGCACUUUUGCUGAGCCGCCCUGAUGAUUUGCUCUUCUGCUUCAUUAAGUUCCCUUGGGUUCAACUCCCCACUUUCUCGAUCGUUUUGAGGCUUUUUGGCAUUUGCUAAGAAUCGAUUAAUCCAACCAGUCACCCGCACCAAAGACAUUCCGAUCUCCAGCUUUCCUUUUGGCUUGGUUCUGUACCAUUUUGAAUACUCCAUUGGGUCUGGUGUGCUCUUUGGUUUGACUGUUUCCACGUAAUAGCUCUGUGCAUUCAUGCUUAGCUCCUUUUCCACGAGCUGUUCUCGUUUCUCUGAUUUAACUUCUUUGUAAGCUUCUGGGGCUUUUCCAAAUUUUCUCUCUGGCCACUCAUCUUCUCUACGUUUUAGAAACGGGGGUCCAUACCACCAGCAGUCAUCCUUAACUAGCUCUUGAACUGAAGCUCCUCGAGUCCCUUGAUCCGCAGGGUUGAGUUUCGUAGGAACGUACCGCCAUUGGUCUGGACUGCUCUCGUCAUGAAUUUCCCCAACCCGGUGGGAUACAAAAGGUUUAAAAUUUCGACUCUGUCCUUGGACCCAAAACCCGACAUUUACGCUGUCCACCCAAAAUGUGGCCUUGUUCCUAGGAAGCUCCAGUGCUGCACAUAUCUUCAAUGUCAGUCGGAGACCAGUCAGUGCUCCCAGGAGUUCUAACCGCGGAAUGCUCAUGGCCUUCAAUGGCGCCAACCUUGACUUUGCUGCGACUAAUCUUGUGCUAACUGUUCCAUCUUCAUACUCAUGGCGAACGUACGUUGCUGCGGCAUAAGCCUUCUCAGACGCGUCACUGAACGUGUGAAUAGUAACAUCUCGGAGUUCCUUGUCUUCCUUCAGACAUCGUAAAACACGGACCGCACCAAGUUCUCCAAGUUCCCCGAACCAUCUAUUCCAUUCCAUUUUAAAAUGAUCUGGCAAUUCUUCAUCCCAUCCGAGAGCUUCAAUCCAAGAUUCCUGCAUCAGCAUUUUAGCUCGCACUACGAAGGGCGUCAGAAAUCCAAAGGGGUCAUAAAUUGAGGCCGUUUUCUUCAGCACGUUCCUCUUUGUUAAUACCAAUUCGUCUGGGGGUGGAACAAAGGAAAAUGAGAACUUGUCUUCCUGAACAAUCCACACGACUCCCAAGGUCUUCGUCACUGGAAAUUCUUUCUUUUCGAGAUCCACUUUAGUUGCUCGAUCAGCUUCUGGUAUGUCCAUGAUAACUUCAGGCUUCUGAGAGAUCCAUUUGCCAAUGUGAAAUCCUGCUUUAUCUCCAAGCUCGGUUAACUGCUGUCGCAUCUCCUUUGCUGUUUCCACCGUUUCCACUGAAGGCAUCAGGUCAUCCAUAUAACAACUGUUCUUCACCGCUUCAGCUGCUAGAGGAUACUCUGCUCUGUGAUCAUCCGCAUGCUUCUGCCACACAUACUGCGCACAAAAAGGACAGUAACACCCUCCGAACACAUAUCUCAAGAAUUCGUAAACUUCUGGCUCCUUGCUCUGAUCCAUAUUUCUCCAUAGAAACCUGUGUAGUGGCCUGUCUUCAAGAGUAAGGGCAAGCUGAUGAUACAUUUGACUUACGUCACCCACCAGGGCAACCAGUUCCUUUCGAAAUCUGACUAGAAUGCUAAACAUGUCCGCUUGCAGUUUCGGUCCCGGUAACGCUUCGCUGUUCAAACUCUUUCCUUGGAACGUAGCUGACGCAUCAAAUACAAUCCUCGUUUUCGUUGUAGUCCUGUCAGCACGCACAACGGGAAAAUGGGGAAGUAACCAUUCUUCAGUGGGUGUCGGCUCAUCUGGCGGCACUCGGCGGAUGUAAUUCUUCUCCAAAUAUUCUUCAAUGACUUUCUGAUAGGACUCUGCUAUUUCUGGAUUCUUUGCCAAUUUUCGUUCUGUGGACUCCAAGCGCUUCUCAGCUAACGGCCUGUUGUUUGGAAGGCUUGGUCGCUCACUCCGCCAAGGAACAGCUACUACGUAAUGAUCAUUCUCGAACUUGAUUGACUUGCUCACUUUAUGCCAGGCUGCUGUUUCGUCAGUAGUCAUAACCGGUUUAGGAGGUGUAAUUCCCAUGGUUUCUAGGUCCCAGAAUCUCUUCAACAACGCAUUCAAAUCAUCUGACUGUUCCACUGUCUGUGCCACUUCUCCAAACUGUUGCAUACGAAAAGUAUGACACAAACUGGUGUGGUGAUCUGCUCCUGUGUUCUCCAUAUUUAUCCUCCCCACUGCCGUCCACCCGAGAGGACAAAGUCGUGCACAUGGCUCCUCGGCUCCACCAAUCACUUCUCUCUUGGGGUACAUCAAUUGAUAGUUAUCAGUUCCGAGCAACACAUCAAUCUUUCCUCGAUUCGCAAGCUUUGGGAAUGGAAUGUCCUGCAAAUGGUUCCAAUUGCCCUUAAUCCUAACCCAGUCAACUGCUUUCAUCCCACGGCAGAUUUUCUCAGAAGACUGUGUUACAAUCUUAGCGUCCACACUACCGUCAACACUCUCUAAUCCAAUAGUGAAUGUCAUGGAUGGAAAACGAACUUCCUGAUCAUUAGCAACGUUCACAGUUAUCAACUCUUUCUCCCCUUUGACCCCGAGCUCCUCAACUACAUCUUCAUUAACAUAUGUAGUGUCACUUCCCUCAUCCAAGAAACAAUUGACAAGAAUUCUCUUCCUACCGUGUUUCAAGAUUGCUGGAACAGUUCGCAGUGCCACUUUUUCUGCUUUCUGUAGUUUUAGCGAGGUUGAAUUGGUGUUAGCAUCCCCCUCCGUGCUAAGCCCGCCGCUUUGUUCUCGAAUUCCUUGUGACAGAAUGUUGUCAUCUCUGUUUGACUGGAUUUCCUUCUUCCUUGAAUUGUCCUGGCCAACUGAAGCUGGGUUGACUGGGACUGGGUUCCCUGAGGCCGUGUUCCUUGAGGCUGAGUUUCUUGAGGCUGAGUUCCCAGGGGUCGAGACUGAGAGUUGUUUCCAUUUCGAUUCCCAUGUAACAACCGGUUGUGUCGGUCCCUGCAUCCAUCAAUGUUACACACUCUACUUCUUGGGCACUCCCUCCCAGAUGAUCAUCACCCAAACAUCUGUAACAGAGUCCUAGUUUUUUCGCCGUAGCCCAUUUUUCCUGAAUUUUUCUGCUUUUAAAGACAUCGCAAUUCCAUACAGCAUGGCCUUCCCCACAUACUUUGCAUGUUCCCCUCUUUUUGUCAUCAGUUCGGUUACUUCCAAAAGACUUACUUCUUCUGUUGUGAAAUUUGCCGCUUGAAUUUCCUGAUUUUAAACCAUGUUUAAUUUCAGUUGCUUGAAUCUGAUAUUCAGCUUCUUCUGCAGUCCAAUCUUUGAGUGUAAUUAGAGACUCGACCCUUCUAUUUUCUUUUACCCAGCGAAUGUAUUGAGACAAUAAUUUCUCUGGCAGUUUUUCAAGAAUGAUAGUGUACAAAGUUCCCGCUUCUAAAUCAGCCGCUCUAUUGUUCUCCUGUAGAUUUAUCACUGCCCUCUCCAACAUGUCUGCAAAUUUUUCCAAUUCUUUUGAAUUUUCCUCUCCGAUUGGCUUCAGUUUUAUUAAUUCGUCUACAUGACACUGAAUUUCCCUACGAUUUCCACCGUAUUUUCUCAACAACCUCGACUUAGCAGCCUCAUAAGCAGCUUCAGAAUAUCCUAAACCCUUAAUCGUUUCUAAAGCUUCGCCCGCUAAACAUGCCUCCAAUCUCAACAUCUUAAACUGAGCAGACAUUGCAGUCGCAUCCACGCAACUCGUAAAUGUUGCGUUCCAGUGCUGAAAUUCAGUUUUGUUCCCGCUAAAUGUUGGAAUGCGAAUUCUUUCUAGGUUAUUCACCCCACUAUCAACCUUCCUUUGCGGCAAACUGGUGUUAGAGUUACUCGAGUAAGAUGGUGGACUUACCGGUCGUGUGUUCCGUGUUACUGAAGUCAAGACGCGACGAGCGGCGCUAGCUUCACCUUCAAUUCUUUCGUUUAAUUCAUCCGCUUCAUCCCCGACUUUAACUUGCAUUUCAGUGUUCUUUAGCUCCUGAUACAAUGUCCGUAAUUCUUCCAGUAUUUCGAAAGUUUUUUCCUUAAUCUUUUCCAAACGCUCCAAAGUAGCUUUAAUUUCUUCAAUUUCUUCAAAACUUCUUGGUUCAACGCCGCCGCUGACGCCAGCAACCCGACUCGCUAACUCAUUUAGCUGUCUUGUUAUCGCCCCUUUUAAUUUCCGUUUUUCCGCUUUUAAAGCUUCCACUUUCAUCAUACGGUCUUCGGCUGAAUCUUCUUCGUUGUCCGACAUUCUUCCACUGAUUUCCUUAGUAAAAUCCACAAAGUUUCUUCACCUUUGACGAAAACAACACUACUGUCAACUCGCGGAACACAAAUCCUCCACGUCCAAGACCGUUUUCCUUUGAAAAUUCCAACUUUUAAUCCACUUUAUCCGGCUUCGAAGGACCAGAAAUGUUUCUCCUUAGGUUCCUAAAUUUUCUCAGUCCUCUUCCUAAAAAAGUCCAGAGUUCCCAUUGAAAAAAUCCCGUAAAAAAGACAAAAAAACAUCCACACAAGAUUUUUUUCUAUGGCGUAAGCGCUCGUCCCCUAAAUCCGGGGACUUUUAUUUGAAACUGUCAAUCUUCCCGCGCGUAACGUAAUUUCCGGUAAAAAUGCACUUCCGGUUCGCUCUUACAAACAAUUCUUUUAGAAAAAAGGCACAAGAAAUAAUCCUUAACACCCUUUUCAAAUAUUUGUAAUAAACUUGAAAUCUGGAAAUACUGCCUAAAUUGGGUUGGUACUAACCAUAAUGGCCUAUACAGCGAGGCUCUUCCAAAAAGGGGUACCUUUUUCAGGCUUCUGGUAUAUGAAAGGGAAGUAAUUUCACUAGUUGAAGUACAUGAAAGGGUAGGGAAAUCUGUCAUUGUAGUCUGUAAAAAGGCCUAGAAGGGCUAACAGAUGCAUUUUAUGGUCUUGAAAAAGGCGAGAAAAAUGUUCUGGCUUCCUGAUUUACUCAUAUUUAUCAUUCUAAACUAGAUAUGUGAAAGGGGUACCAUUUGUCAAAGAAAGGUAUACGAAAGGGGUACCUUUUCUGGCAAAAGCGGUAUAUAAAAGGUAAAGGGUGGGGUUGGACCUCGGGGAGGUUCUCCCUGUAUAAAAUUUUGUUGAGUACCCCACUCGUAUACUCAGGAUUACAUUUACACAGACCUCCAUGUUGUAUAACAAUGUUAAUAAGACAUUUACCAGGCAGUAGAUGUAGUUAAUGGAACAUGAAGCCCCAGGGGGGGUAGGCUAAAGUAGCCUGCACCAAUGUAUGCUCUGUUCGAUCUCUAAAGCCUUAUUUAUGAAUGAAAGCAUGCUAAUUUUAAGAUACAAACAAAGCUGUUCGUGGUUGGAACCCGACUAAUUUGUCGUAUGUUUGUCAUCAUAUUUUUCUUAGCGUUGUGCAGAUUGGUCUCUGUUUUCAAGGCCCUAUUCAUGGCUAGACUUUAAUCACGAUAAGACUAGGUAGCUUAUGGUACAACUGUAUUCAUUGGUCGAGUUUUAAGACGCUCUCUAGCUAUAAAGUUCUGCUAUUUCAGACCUGGUCAUUAUUCGUCUAGCUUGCAUGAAAGCAAACAGUUACAGUAAUUUUGUUACCCACCCUCCCUCACUAUGGAGGAGUUUUGUUGUGUUAGGUAUCAAUAAAGUUUGGGGGGUCACUCCUUGUGGUGCGGCUAAGUCUGCGUUGCAACUUCCCCCAAGUUUUUGGUAUUGCUUGUGUCUUGCCAUCUUAUUCAUUUGCCUUAAUCUUGUCCGAUCCAGCCCGUGCGGCGCUGGGGAGAUAAGAAAGGCUCUGCCAAUACUCUUGUCCUACCCCACGGUAGUGGGGCGAUAAGUGAGGCUUGUGUUUUUGCUGUGCGCAUAACCUGAAGUCGCUAGAACCUGCCACAGGGCUGUGUCCCCCCUUAUUACGCCAUCUUGUAGUAAUUGUCUUAUUUGCCUGCGUGCGCUAUUUAGUUGUGUUACCUUUCCAUGCGUAUCUUAAGCGGAAUAGUGACAUUAAAGUAAAUGCGUGAGUCAAAAUUAAACUUUUAUCUUUUAGGAAAAGCUUAUUUUAGCAGCAUCCCAUGAAGGAGCCUGUAGAGUCUGGACAUUUGCAGAUCAGAGACUUCGGGUAGGUGUAGGUGCAGCUGUGGCUUGUGCAACCCUAAAAAUUCUGUAAAUUUCUGCUCUUGAAAGUGCACCUAAAUAUAAGAACUAUCCAAACUAGAAAGAUCUCUGUAUCUCAGUGAUUUCCCAGCUAGCAGAGGUCUUUCACAGCAAGAGAAAAAUGAUAGGGAAGAGGGAGACCUCUGCCGGCCCUUGAUGCAUUUUCUAUCAUGCAUGAACUGACAUUUCCUUAACAACUAGUAGCGAUUAAGUGACAUGCAACACAAUUUACAGAACCAGUCUGCGUAAUAACAACUGUGGACUCAGAAAUUUCCAGCUUGCAGUCUCAACAGGGCUAGCACAUUCCAAAUAAGCCAAACCGGUUUUGAAAACCAGUGAAUGUGGUAGGUGGCUACAUGAAGAACGCAUCUUGGCCAGCAGAGGUCUCUCUCUUUCCUCUCCUUCUUCUCUUGGUGUGAGAGACCUUUGCUAGCAGCAAACAUGAGAUGUUCUUGAACAGAAGUUGCACUGUACGAGUCUUGUAUUUCAUUCAGUGGCAGUCCACUUUGAUAACUUGAUACCAUAGUUAAUGUAGGAGUCUAGAUAUCAAAGACAGCAAAAAUCGGAGAUAAAAACAACGGUUUUGCAGUUUAUUUUGGGAGCUUCCUUAUGAUGCAAAAUACUUUUCUGUUGCUGACAAGUUGUUACGGAAUAAAAUAAUCCGACUUUUUUGUCGAUCAGUAAGAUCAAAAUGAUAGGAAUGCUACUACUAAGCAUUGUGCACUAUCAAGUCCACAAAAACACAUAACAGUGGAGUCUGACAGGCUUGAUAACAAUCCACUCAAUUAACGAUAUUGAUACUUACAUGUAGCUUGUUUACCAAUCAAAACUAUUAAACUUAUUUAAUUUUCUCUAAUUUAUUAAUUUUAUCACAGCACACACUUACAGGACAUUCUCAAAAAGUGAUGACAGCAAAAUUUUUUGGAGCAGCAACGAAAGUGGUUUCCGGAGGUCAUGAUAGGACAUUAAAAAUUUGGGAUCUAAGAAGCAGGCAGUGUAAGUCUAUUGUAGCCAGUACUAACAGAGAAUAUGCUGAAAAUUUCAGCUGUUAGAAAAGUUCGGGUUUUUUUAAAACAGCUUUCAUGCUUACAGUCAAUAAGACCAUUGUAAUUAUUAUUAUUAUUAUUACAAGCCUUUCACCACAUAAUGCAGGAAAUGUUAAUGAGUAUCCAGUCACACCCUGUGGCGUAGGAUACUCCGUGCCAUCAUUCCGUCCUUUUAAUUGUCCAGCACUUUUCACAGAAUCCUUCCUGACAUCAUCAGCAUCAUCAUAUGAUGACGAUGACAAUGAUGAUGAUGAUGAUGACAAUGAUGGCGACAAUGAAGAAAAAAACAGUGGGGGGUGGGGGGGGGGGGUAGGGUGAAAAUUGAGCAGAAACUGGAAUAUGCUCCGGUAGUGUGGUGGACCUCCUUGGCUCGUGUUUUCCUUGGAUGCCUAUUAAACUGUUUAUGACAACCAUAAUGAUUGGUUAUUCAACAGAAUAUUUUUAUUUCCUAUUGUAGGCACAAGGACAAUAUUUGCUGGAUCAAGUUGUAAUGAUAUUGUAAUCAAUGAAGGGAUUGGGUAAGGAGUGAAGAACUAUUUAUAACAAUAUGCAGCACAGUCAAAAUGAGCUGGCCUCCGGUUUAAUGAUAUUAAGUAAAAACCAAACAAGUUUUUAAAUGCCUUUGCUGCCUGCUACUUGGGUUAUCCUGUCUACUACUGCAAGACAUUUUGAUGGGGCUGAAUUUGAAAACAACAUUAAAAGUAUAAUUAUAACUGGUGGAGUAAUUUCAGCACCAUAAUUGUCAAUGAAUGGCUCAAUUCAUUUGCACAUCAUUUUGGUGUAUAAUUUAUUUUCUUUUCAAGUCUUAUUUUUAUGUAUUCUGAAAGUGCGGAUGAUUCAGAUAAAAACAAGUUUCCACUGUGGUUGUAAUGGAAAACUUUUAUCCAUAUUCAGGUCACAGGUGGCUAGUGGUCAUUUAGACAAGACUGUAAGAUUUUGGGAUAUAAGGUGAGAAUAUGUUACGCACAUACUUUGGGCAGGCGUGGAUAACUUGAUGGAUAGUGACCUUCUGAGUAUGUGAGCAGUCCCAAGGAGGACAGUGGGGGAGGGAGAGAGGGGAGAAGGUUCUCCCCUCACCCCCUCCCUCAUCAUUUUCUUUUUUGCCCUCAGUUCUGCUUUCGCGCUGCUCAAUCUCUUACUUUACGAACAACAAAUAAAAAAACCGUGAGCUACGCAGGCCAUAAUUGAAACGGAAAAUGAGCUACCUACAAAUAAAUGUUCUUUAACCGAAUAAUAACUACCCUGGGUGCCAGAGACUUUUCUAGCGCGGUUUCCGGUUUCUGUCAAGCCGCUCUUGGCUUCGGCCUACGGCCGAAGAUGUGUCGGCCUUCGGCCAACACCGAAAAUUUCCGCCGCACGCGAGAAAAACCUCUGGUACCCAGGGUAAAUAAUAACCUGUGUAUAAAUGCAAAUACAAAUAAAGGUACAUCGAGGAAAUAAACUAAAAGAAAUCAAAAUUACACACCGGGCGAUGAAGAUAUAUCCAACAUUGAUAAAGGAUACAUAACUAAGCGCUGAAUGACAAUAGACCACUUCUGAGUUCCAAAAACCCUCACUUUCAAAAUGAGGCCAAGCGCACAACCUUUCUUGUGGAAAGGAGUUCCAUAUCAAAGGCUGAGGCCUUGACCUCGUCUUGAUACAGAGGCCCCGGGGGAACUCUGAAAUGGCCUGGUACGAGCGUUAAACUUGAAAGUGGGGGCAAGGGCCUGGAACUAAAAUAACUGCUGACCCUAAAUCAGUUAGCCUGCCACACAGGCGUUUUUAGGGAGUCGUAUUUCCUCCCUCCCCACCCCUUUAAAAACGCCUGGGUAGGAGGCUUUUAUUUUUACUUUUUUUCCUUUUUCCGUUAGAACUGAAAAUCAGUCACCCGUUGGAGAAAUAACUCUUCAGGGAAAAAUAACGUCGCUAGAUUUAACUCUUGGUAAGUGACAGUGUUGGACUAAACGAAGUGCCAAUGAAUCGGCAUUAAUUUUAUUCAGGAAAAGUACCACCGAAAUGUUUCAUUUGAAUGAUCUUCGGAGGAAAACUGAAAUGAAGGAAAAGGGUGGCUCUAUAGGCUCUAAUAGAUACUAGCCUCGUUCCCAGGGUUCUCUCCUACAACGAGUUGGAGAGAACCCUGGGUGGAGGUUGCAGCUGUACCACAGUUAACUCACGCAGGACUGCUUCUGUAACAGGGUUUAUUCCAGAGUGCGGGUUUGCGGGAUUUCCGCGGUUCAAAAAAAUAAUGCCGCGAGAAAUCCAUGUUAGUGCGUUAAACGGGCCGCUGAGCCAGUAAUCUGAAGUAAAGAUCAGUAAAUACCGUACAUAGACAUUACUUGAGAAAUCAGGGUUGAAGUGUUAUGACAUCUUUUCCGCUGUGACUUAAAGAUCAUUAAAAGAAAAAGUAAAAUUGAUUUGAAAUCAAGUGGAACAGAACUUUUGAAAUAUCUUGGGUCCCAUUUUCUCCUUUCUUGAAAAAGGGCCCUUCUGCAAUCUCACACGGUGGAUCCAUAUCUAUGUGGCCCUCUUAGACAAUUCCUGGAAUACAUCCUAGUCAAUUCGCCACUUAAGAAACGAGACGGAGACUGGGUCGAGCUAUGGCCAAUAGCUGACCGGCCUAUCCCCAGUAACGAUCUCAGAAACAAUAGACCUUUUGCAUUAGUUGAGCACGUGAUCAACUUUCGGUAAAAACGAAAACAGUUCGCUUUUGAAAUAUUUUGUUAGCACGAGCUGAAAGAGCAUAUUCAAAUUACAUAAGUAACCUGUAAAUUUUCAAAAGCGAACUGUUUUCGAGUCUACCGACAGUUGAGCACGUGAUCAACUAGUGCAAAAGGCCUGUUGAGGAACACAACUCGGCUCCAAUCGCAUUCUCGUUUCAAAAGUGGCGAGUUCCUAGAAUAAAACCCCCUAAAUCUCUGAAUUUUUUGUUGCUUUGUUAGAUUUGAACUACAUGUUAGCAAGUGCGCGAGAUGACACCGUUAAAUUGCUUGAUUUGCGAAUGAAUCAAGUUAUAUCGACGUGUUCGUAAGUACUUCGAAAUACUAUUUUAUAAAGUACUUUUAGUGCAGCUUCCAUUUGUCAUAAUUAUUUUGAGACUUUGUACUGUCAUAUUGUGGGCGCUUUCCAUUUGUCAGAACUGACCGGCCAGCCCAUUCCCAUCGUAAUAAGAAUUUCACUUUUGAUUAAAACUAACCAUCCAGAUCAGUCAAAUCUUAAAUAUUAUACACAAAGGAGAUGGUUUUUUAGCAAAACCUCUUGAAAAAAUCCUAUUUCGUUGCCAAAAUGUCUGGUCCGGCCGGCCAGUUCUUACUUUUGGAAAGCGCCCUGUGAUUAGUAAUAAUCCCAGUAUUUUCAAAUGCACUAAUUAACGUCUCUCUCUUAAUUUGAUCUCAUUUUUUUCUAAACCAGCUAUAACAGCUAUACCGUUCGUUCUCGUUUUUGUUCCACUGCGAAAUAUUGAAAUAAGAAUAAGGCAUUAUGUCAGUCGAAAAAUAAGGCUCAUCUCCGGUGUAAUAUAAUUUAUUAUUCACACCUGACAGAAAACAAAGAAAACGAAACAUCCUUAAACCUACCCCUGUCAAUAGUCCAUUAAGCAAAGAAAACGAGUUAAUUAUAUUACACCGGGGAUACGCCACUUGCACAUCUCCCAUAAUGCUCCUUGUGUGCCCCCCAAAAUUUUGCAUAACCUUUGUUUUUCAUUUCUCCUGGGUAUUACAGCCAUCCGAAGAGAACUUGAAACCAAAGCUUAUGAAAAAUUUUGGGGGCAAAUAAGGGGCAUUAUGAGAGAUGUGCAAGUGGCGUAUGACCCAAAAAUAACGGGGACACAUGGCCAAGAAGCCUGCAGAACAGGAGGAAUAGGCUAUUUCCGAGUUCCAAAAACUCUUACUUUCAAAACGAGGCGAAGUGUAAAACCUUUUUUUGUGAAAAUGAGUUUAGUUUGCAUAAAAAUGUAAAAUAAUUUUCAUAUCAAAGGCUUCGCACUUACCCUCGCUUUGAAACAGAGGCUUGGGUAACUCGGAAAUGACCUAUUUUUCUCUCUUUCAUGGAAACAAAGACAUGCGCUGGGUGGGCGUGGCUCGCGGCACACGCGCAGCGAAAAAGGAUGCUUUCCGCGUCCAGCGUGUUUCGCACUCCUUGUCUGUCUCGCGCUAGCCUUCGUUGUUCGCAUGAAAAAGGUAGAACUGAACUGCAGAGACGUGGUCGAGUGGCUAACGCGUCGGAGCGGAGAUCUUGGGUUAGUGUGCCAUUCUUUUUUGGUGUUCCUGUUCAACCUCUGGGCCAUGCUUUUAUAUGCAGAUGGACCUCUCUACAACGGCCACCUUGGGGACAGAGGAAAGUGGCCGUUGUAGAGAGGUUGAAACAAGAGUGAUAGACUACGAGUAGUAGUCUUUGACUGUAGCCAACUGGUUUGCCUUCUGCUAGUCGAAGUUUUAAUUAGGUUAUGCAUGAUUCAGAUUAUUCGAGUGGAGGGUCAUUCAACUAGCUAGAUCAGCUAAGUACAUUAGUCUGCGUAGCGAGCGUUUGAUUGGGUGGGGGGAGAGAGAAGAGAGAAAAGGACAGCCUCUCACUCCCCUGUUUUCCAUUUAUUCGUUCCAGUUCCAACGUUCUCAACAAACUCUCGCGAAAACCCUUUCUACAUCGGCUACAUUUACAUCGCUGUGAUAGUAUUUUUUGUUUCUUUGUUUUGGUUUCCAUUUGGUUUUGGAAGUAAAAUUGGAACUUAGACUUGGUUGCUAAUUUGGUGAAUUAUUUAUUUGUUUUAUUGCUCUGAAGUGCCGAUGGCUUUAAAGUUGCAAUGGAUUACACAAGAGCAUCUUUCAGGUAACAUCAUGCGGUAUACUUUUGUUGUUUCCUUCCUUUAGGAAAAUGCUUGGCUUAUGUAGUUAAUUGCUAAUACAUGCAGUGAAAAUAAUUUUAAUUGAUUUCUUUUUUAUCACUUAUCACUUUCAAAAUAAUAGCGCUAUCAACCCUCCAUGUGUUCCGUCACGUUUAGAGAACUGAGGUGUCCCCUGAAUGGAGGUUAAACCCGAGUUUCGAGACCCAGAAAAAGUGUCCCUUUCCCCUGAAUAGAGGAGUCCUUUCAAUAGAGGUAACAGAAGAAAGGUUAUGUGAACUUUUUUCCUGGACCAAAUCUUGUGUCCCCUUAAUGGAGGUGUCCCAAAGGAAAGGUUUCCUUGUAUGCUUUAAUUAAGUGUUACUUGAUUGUUACUUGAUCGCUUGCGAUAACUUAAAAACGAAGGAAAGUAUCAGCUUUUAAUUUAAUGAUUAAUUUUACAAAAGUGGUCUAGGUCGCUUACGAUAGCUAUUCACUACAGAGUUUAAGUCACAGUUCAAAAGGGGGUUUUGCGAUGCUGGUCGUAAUACUAACUAGGGCUGGUCGCUUAUGAGCGGGAUCGCAAGGGGAGCGUCGACUGUAUCUACAUCAGACGACUGAGCGUUAUCCUCAACAGACUAUUUACGUGUAGUCACUGUCAGUUAUUCUAACCUUAGGGAGCUUGAGCAACAACGACGGCAACAAGAACGCCACGUAAAAAAAGUGAAUUCGUGAAACUUUAUCGCGCUUAUUCCAUCUCAUUCAAUUCCUCAAAUAUUGGCAAGAGUUGAAUUCUAAAAGACUGUGUCGAAGUUCAAGAAAAGAAAAAGAAAGUCGUUGUCUUGUGUUCGCGUCCUUCAUCAAACGUGAAACGAGGAAGUUUCACGUCGUAGUGCAGUGACGGCAAAGAAAUGUACAAAAAAGCGUGAUGCACGUGCAAAGCUGUUGUUUUGCUAAUCUAAACCUAUUGCUUUUUUGACGUUCUCGUUGCCGUCGCCGACACUGGAAACCGCUCUAAUUAAAUGUUUAUCUUUGCACUAUUGUAUCUUUUUCAGUCCUGAUGGCCAGUAUGUGAUAUGUGGCUCUCACGAUGGUAGUAUCUUUGUAUGGAAUGCAUCAUCGGCAAAGUUGGAAAAGGUGCUGAAAGAACACACGUAAGUGAAACGAACUGUUGUGAUGUUUGAUCAGCCUAUGUAUAACUUUUUAAAUAGCGCACAGGCGAUGUGUUGUUGGCAGUUAGCCCACGAUAGUGUAGUGGAUACGGAUUUGGUUUAUAAAUCAAAUGACUUAUUUGAUUUAUAAACCAGUGCGAGUUCAAACCUUUCUAACCCUGUUUUCUUUCUUCUUCUAUUUACUACAUUAAGUAGUUAGACUAUGGGCCCUUUGCACGAAACGUUCAAAUGUACUAAUGGCGCGCAUGGCCACCCGUAAGGGCUCAAUCUCUAUGAUCUUACGAAUAAAUAGGGGAUUGUGAACAGUCUAGACUUAACCCCCUAUGGGAAGUUUUUGUUAUUGUGAUCGACUGUAUGUUUUUGGGAUCAUUGUAUAAAGGUUUAGCAAAGCCUAAAAGCGGAGCUUCCGAUUUCAAUAAUCGAGGAAUACGUGAUAGUACGCCAUGUUGCUUGGAAACACAAAAUGCUCUGUGACGUCAACAGUGGAUGACGUCAGCUAUAAAUAAGAAAUAUAUAGGAGCGUUGGCAACUCGAAUUUCUGCCUCGCUAUGCAAUCAGCGCGCGACAGAUUUAUAGACCUGUUUCUGGCUAACUGGCCACCUACCCCUCCCCUAAGUCACAAUUUUGCCCCAAGUGAGAGGUAAGUGUUAAUGUUCACCUAGGGGAGGGGUAGUUGGUUAGUUACCCAGAAACCUCCAUUGAUCCUGUUUUUGUGGUAUUUUUCUCAACAGUUCAUCCGUGGUGGUGUGCGCUUGGCACCCUGAUGGCUCCAAUAUUAUCAGCUGCGACAGAAACAAGAGAGCAAUCAUCUGGACAAACCGGUAUUGAGGUCUUCUCGCAGUCAAAGAACAAAAGCCUGACCCUCCCCACCCUAGCUAUUGCUAGUGCCGCGGCUCCUGCGAUCGCCAAAUGACGUAAUACUAGACAAAGUACAACACCAAUAAUACAGCCCAGUAACCCUUUUAAAGCCCCAAUAUCCACAAAGAAAUUCUCCCAACUGAUCUCUAUAGAUUUUCUUCAAAAAUUAGUCAAGAGAAUUUGUUAAAAUAUCAAAGCAUUUUCUCCGUGGUUAUCCUUUUAUUACAGGAAGGAGCUUAAAAGUGUGACGGCUUUUGAUUUAUUCACAUUCUUUCGUCCUGAAUUGAUCCAAUCAGAAGGCAGCUAAAAACUGUCCUCGACUUCUGAUUGGUAAAUGUCUGCAUGAAAGAAUGUGAGUUAAUUAAAGGAGGUCACACUUUUGGCCUCCUUGCUGUAAUUCUUGUAACCUCUCUACUCGAUUUUGUUUUGAUAUUGUUUGGAGAUAAUUGAUGUUGGUCACUUUGGGGGCUUAUAGGGAUAACUAACAAAAAGUAGUUUUGGCAAUGUCAACAUAUGGGAGGGGGAUGCCCAUAUCAGAAGGGAUUUGGGAAUUGGGAUGCCCAAAACGCGUGCAUGCCCAUAUCACUGUAACAGCGCCACUGGCGAUGCAAGUAGUAGACUGGGGAUGAGUUAGGCGAAAUGUAGGAUUUGAGUUGGAGGCUUUUUCGAAUCAGGGAUGUUGAAGCAGCUAACAUGUGCGACGUGAAACAUCGUACAGUAAAAACCCACGAGUAAGAACCUGGUUUUUAAGAACCUGUUGGGCUAAAAUUUGCCAGCUAGACCCCCUCUAUUCAAGAACCUGUUUAGCCUAAAAUUUGAAACAGUUCCUUAUUCUCUAAAAUCUUUUUAAAAAAAUUCUGCACACUUGGCGAAAUAAGAUUACAAAGUGUUAUUUAACGUUAUAAUUGUAUAUGUAAGAGUUUAAUUAACUGUUAGAGCUGAGUGUAAUUGGACAAGGUAUGACAAUACAUGUAUGUUAUGUUCGGAAGGACGACGUCAGAAUUCAUGCGGCCAGUGCUUCAGUUCUUCUUUUUGUGGUCAUUUUUACUUAAAUACUAAUUUGGUAGGCGGAUUUUAUAUAAGGAAUAAGCUGAAUACCACUAAAUACUCUUAGCUACACAAUAUUUUUUUCUUCAGAAAAUAAGAACCUACCUAAGAACCAAGAGAGAAUGGUCUCUCUUGUCAAGAACCUAAAUAGCCUACAUUUGUGCUAAUUGCCAUGUAAUAACCCAGCUGUUUAGUCUUACCUGGGAAAAUGCAUGUUCUUACUCGCGGGUUUUUACAGUAUUUUCAAGUUGGUAGUUCAGUGGCGAAAUUGUUUUCGAAAUAUUAAAGUAACAAAAAUUGAGGUAAGAAGUGCAAUUUCAAAAAGUUUAUAUUAGAUAAAUAUUAGAAAUUUACAAUUUGCGCAAAUGGUAACUCUAGGGUAACUCAGCAGACGUCAUCUUUAAAGUUUUCAUUGUAUAUAGAGGGGGACCAUGGUCUCUCCAGCAAAAUUAAAUUUCAAAGAAUAAAUGAUUUCUUUCUAUUAAGUUGCUGGCAGGUGGCGUAUAUUUUGAAGCAUUUCGCCGAAUUUAAAUGUUUCAGAGGUCAUAAGCACCCAGUUUUUAAUUCGUGAAACCCCUGUGGUGGUUGGAAGCUACUACUGAAUGUUAUUUUCGGACAAUUUGUUAGCCUGAGAAAACAGCCGAAAUAGCGUCUGAGUAACGAGCACAGAAAUUCCAGACUGAUGAUGCGCCACUUCCAAGAUCUGGCUGCCUCCUCCUCAGACUUUUUAUUUCGCAUGGAGGCGAGCGCGAAACGCGAAUGAGUGGUGCCGAGGACCAAUGGACUGUGGAAAGGGAGAAAAAAAAUAAGAGAGGCGAAGGUGUCGCCCAUUUUCUCCUUCCCGCCUUCCUUUGUGCGCAAAUUUUUAUCGAGAGAGAGGCGUCUGCGUACGAGGCAGAAGAUCUGAGUACUGCCACGUCAUUUUUUCUACGCUCGUUUUUCAGACGUCAUUUCGCGGGGAAACCAGUGGUAGCGUCGCGAAAUGCGGCUGUUUCUUCAGGCUAACAAUUUCAAUUUUUUUUUAAUUCUAACAACCUAUUUCAUAAUACCAUGUGGCACUGAGUAAAUUUUUCGGCACUUCAGUUCUCACUGUGAGCGUCGUGUGUUUUGACGGCUACUAAUUUUUGCGAUUGGAAGACGGAUUUUUCUUACUGGGAAUUAAUUAUUGGGAUUUUCAUCAAGUUUCAUACAGCUUUUCUGAGCUAAGUUGAGGAACGGUGCAAACAGAUGUACAGAGGAAAGUGCAUCCACGGCACAAAAGGCGUUGGGACGAUCAAACAAAGAGCGCGUUCUCCUUCCCCUCAUUGUGAUACGCUCCAUAUUAAGAAAACUAGGAAAAUGGUAACUUAUUUUCACUAUGUUGGCCGAUCUUCUCUGCUCGCUACCGGGAGCGUGCAACUCCCAUACUCAGCCUAUGUAACGGCGUUUUUAAAGAUCACGUUAUUUUUAGCAUUAUUUUGGAGCUCUUUUUCUUGCGAAAAUGCAAGCACCGUUUCAUAAUUGUGCGUGCGCCUCUAUCGUACGAAAAUUACAAAAAAGGAGAAGUAAAUGCUUUCAAUACUAUUUUCCAGUCUACGGGUUCUGAUCACUGAUUUUUAAGACUUAUUUGAUAUUCAGUAUUCACGGGAAAUCGAUCUAAGAAUAAAUUGGUCUGUGAAAACGCCAUUGUAUGGGCACAAGGGUUGCUCUCUCCUGCUGAUGGUCUCCUGUCGCUACCGAUUUUAAAACUUUGUUUUAGGUUAAUACAAUGGCUAACACGCUAGCAUUCACGGUGGAGGGGGGGGGGGGUACCCAGCAAAGUUCUUUAUGGGGAGGGUUUGCCCAAGGUUCAACCCCUUACCCUUUUAUAUACCAUUUUUGACAGAAGAGGUAACCCUUUUGUAUACCUUCUACUGACAAAUGGUACCCCUUUCACAUACCUAGCUUGGAACUUUGUAUCCCUUUUAACUGCUCCAAAUGCAAUCCCUCUGUAGCCCUUUUAGGUCAUUUUACUGCAGAACGAAAAAGAAAGAAUUCUCUACUCUAAACCUGAAGCCAAAAAUGGUUUCCCUUUUAGGCAUACCCUUCCAGUAUAGGCCAUUAAAGGGUGUACCCCACCCCUCCAGAGACCACUCACUUCUGUGAUGCACGGUCUAGAACUGGUUUUAGAAUUGUCAAGCCAGGCCCGCUUUUCUCUAAAGCUUGUUGGUCUCGGGAAUAAUUGAAGUGGAAAUUCUCAUCCUUUUUAAAUCCUAAAAAUGGGUAAACGAACUGAUGGGCAUGGCCAGUUAGAAACUCUUUCCUGUCAGUUGGGGGCCGGAUGCAAAAUAAUAUUUUCUUGAAAAACUUCCUAAAAUGGCAGCAUUUAAGGUUAUGUCUUUUCAUUUUACUGGCCGCUAGCACUGUUAGUUUAGUAGCUGUGUUGGUGCUGAUCUUUCAUUCUUAAGAAACAAUCAUUGAAAUUAAAUGAG